AUGACUCUGUGUGUGCUUCUCGCUCAGUUUGUUGUUCGUUUUCACGAAGGCCAGGUUCGGUGGUGGCACGCUUUUUCACUUCACUGUAUGGCGGCUAUCGACAAAGUUCGCGUGCUGGUUGUUGGCGAUUCCGGUGUAGGCAAAACAUCGCUCACACAUCUAAUCGCCAACAAUGAACCGCUCACAUCACCCGGCUGGACGGUGGGCUGCUCGGUGGAGGUAAAAUUGCACGAAUAUAAAGAAGGAACACCGGCCCAGAAUACGUUCUUCGUUGAGCUGUGGGAUGUGGGUGGUUCGAUCAGUCACAAAAACACCCGGAGUGUCUUUUACAAUCCAACGCACGGUAUCGUGCUCGUGCACGACCUGACCAACAGAAAGAGCCAGGAAAACCUGCAGCGGUGGCUGGCGGAAAUACUGAACAAGGAGGGAAAGGAUGCGCUAAAGGGUGCCGAUACGAUCGAUAUGGAUCCGGAACAGUUCCUCGGUUCGACACAGUUUAAACAUUGUCAGAUCCCUAUACUGGUGAUUGGAACGAAGCUGGACCUGUUGGAUGAGAGCCACAAGCAAAAAAUCGUGAACCGAACAUCAGCCGGUAGCAUAGCAGAGCAGUGUGGGGCGGAUGAAAUAUGUCUAAACUGUCACGAAUCUCGAUCGUUGGCUGCGGGCACAACGGAUUCAGUAAAGUUGGCACGAUUUUUCGAUAAAGUGAUCGAGCGAAAGUAUCACAACAGAGAUACGGGGAGAAAAUAUGCAACAAACUAUACUUCUACCAUGGCCGGUUCCUUUGGCACGUACCCUUCUCUUCAAGCCACAGUGCAAAAUUCUACAUACAGCUAUCUUAACACUAAUCCGGUGACUGAAAGCUUAUCGUGAUGUAAAUAAGU